CAGCGCUUUGUUGCUCAGGUUCGCAUGGUGAAAGAUGGCAACCCCUCUUGGAAGCCCACCUUUAUUGUGAAACCCGACGGUGGAUGUCAGGGUGAUGGAAUCUACCUCAUUAAAGACCCCAGGGACAUCCGCCUGGCAGGCAACCUCCAGAGCAGGCCGGCUGUGGUCCAGGAGUACAUUUGCAAACCUCUCCUGAUCGACAGGCUGAAGUUUGAUAUUCGUCUGUAUGUCUUACUCAAGUCCUUAGAGCCCUUAGAGAUUUAUAUAGCCAAAGAUGGACUCUCUAGAUUUUGCACCGAGCCAUAUCAGGAGCCCACGUCCAAAAACCUCCACCACAUCUUUAUGCACCUAACCAACUACUCCCUGAACGUCCACAGCAGCAACUUUGUCCAUUCGGACAGUGCGAGCACAGGCAGCAAAAGGACUUUCUCCAGCAUCCUUUGUAGGUUGUCUGCUAAAGGUGUCGACAUCAAGAAGGUCUGGUCGGACAUCAUCUCCUUGGUGAUUAAGACUGUCAUUGCCCUGACUCCAGAGCUCAAAGUGUUCUACCAGUCGGACAUUCCAGCAGGAAGGCCGGGGCCCACGUGCUUCCAGAUUCUAGGCUUUGACAUCCUUCUGAUGAAAAACCUGAAGCCUAUGCUACUUGAAGUAAACGCAAAUCCCAGCAUGCGGAUUGAACACGAGCAAGAACUUUCUCCAGGGGUGUUUGAGCAUGUCCCCAGUGCUGUGGAUGAAGAAGUGAAAGUGGCUGUGAUCAGAGACACGCUGCGCCUCAUGGACCCACUUAGGAACAGAAGAGACACCCAACCUCAGCAGUCUGAAAAUGCAGAAGAUACUUCGGACAGUGACAUGCUCGCCGCCCCGGAGGGCCACUCCCAUUCCGAACCCUACCUGCCCUCCAUCUGCCUCAAGCAAGUGUUCCCCAAGUACGCCAAGCAUUUCAACUACCUGCGCCUGGUGGACAGGAUGGCAAAUCUGUUUAUCCGGUUCCUGGGCAUCAAGGGGACAAUGAAGUUGGGACCAACAGGCUUCCGUACCUUCAUAAGGAACUGCAGGCUCAGCAGCAGCAGCUUGUCCAUGGCCGCGGUGGAUAUUCUCUACAUCGACAUCACAAGGAGAUGGAGCUCCAUGACCCUGGACCACGGGGACUCAGGGAUGUGUCUGCAGGCUUUCGUAGAAGCCUUCUUCUACCUGGCCCAGAGGAAGUUCAAGAUGCGGCCGCUCCACGCGCAGGUAGCCUCGCUGAUCGACCUGUGUGAAUACCACCUGUCUCUGCUGGAUGAGAAGCGGCUGAUGUACGGUCGGAGCGGCACCACGGGGUACCGGCCCCCGGGCAGCAGCACGCCCCAGGGAGCCACCCCCUUGGAGGGCACCUCUCCACUCGGCCCAAACGAUGCCAACAAACUCUCCCAGUCCAAAUAUCUUCUGUCCUGAGGGCUUCUCUGCCCUUCUCCAAGGAGAGAGCCCGGUCAGGGCCGCUGACGAACCCCUGAGCUGGCAGCGGCGGCGAAAUGGCAGGCUGCUGAGAAUUCCAGACUGAGGUUCCUGCUGCUCGUUGUCACCGCGUUCUGCGCUCUGCAAGCCUGAGUGACUAUCCCCGCCUUCCUCCCGGGGCUCCGCCAGGCUUGCUACUCCUCAGCGGACAUAGGACACAUCCAGCACGUGGGCAGAUGGCAUCGUCCCUCCUGGGGUCGCCUGCCCGGGUGAGACAGUUAGGUGUGGGGCACACAGGGGCAGGUCUGGAGGCUCGGGAGCCCACAGGAGGAACCCGGGUGCAUUGUGGUGCCUGCCUCCCCUGCAGCCUGGGCAAAACUCGGCAGAACCAACAAGUGGGUGCGCAGUGAUCUCCCGUCCCAGCCAUGUGCUACUCGGUGUACUUAACAGAUUAGCCUCAUUUAUUUCAUUAGUUUGCCUUGUUGCUGCAGUGUUUGGUUUGUUAUUAAUUAAGAAAUAAUUAAUUAAGAAGUCACUAAGUCAGGCUUUUCGAGUCUCAGCGCUGGCGAGAUCCCCAGAGAUCAGUUGAUGGGGCAUUACUGGACUUUGACCCCAAAGUUGGGGUCCUCUGGGCAGCCUCCCUGCCCCUAGGCAUGUGGCCAAGGGGCGCCUGUACACCCAGCACUGUGUAAGGCGUGGGGGCAUGGUGGUGGUGGAGGGGGGUUGCCAAUGAACUCUGGAUAACGGUCUAGACCUAAACAGGGUCUCACAGCUGUCAGACGUGCUGUGAGGAAAAGCUCCUCCUUCCCAAGGGCCCCUCUCCCUGUCCUAUCUGUGUCCCCCACAGCCCCCUGUCCCCCAGGGGGAGCCUUAGAAGCAGCCCACGGUAGCACAUUGCUAGAUGGCUGGGUCUGUAGGUGGCAAGACCCCUGCAAAGUCAAGCCUUCUAAACACUGUUGUAGUUUGGGGGUAGCAUGGCCCUUUCCCAGAAGGUGCCCUUUAGAGGAUUCUUGGGCCUAGACGGAGCUGACCAACACAGCCUGGAAGAGGCACUUAGCGGGGCCCGUUAGAAGGAACUCUAGGCUCCGCCCGCCCUCCGGGAAGUAGUUUUAAACUCCAAGACCCACGGUCAUGGAGUUGGUUCCAACUCACAGGGACUCCAAUAGAAGGGUGAUAAUCCCAGCUUCACGUCAGGAAGGUGCAGUCAAGCCGGGACUCCUCUGCCGUCCUUCCUGCGGGAGCCCACCCUCUCCAGGAGCCACGCCUGUCUCCCCCUGCAGUGCAGUCUCUUCCCUCCUCCCCCAUCCCUCCCCCAAACACACGCAUGCACACACACACUGCAAGCAGCAAGAGGACAGGAGGAGCUUUGGAAAGGUCAUCAGCUUGACGCUCCUGUCACCCUGGGCAGCUAGGGGAUGCUACUUCCAGAAGGGAACGCCCAGGGAGCUUGGUCACGUGGUGGGAGUCGGGUCAUGGUCCAUGGCUGCCUGUAGACUCCUGAGCCCUCAGCUCUACAUGCCUGGGUCGCUCAAGCUCCGAAUGGAAGCCCCUAUUCCAGUGGGGAAGCUUGGACUCUGCCCUGUUGGCCUCGGGCGGGGCAAUUCAUGUCCCCAAGUGGCCCACUGCUAGAAACUGUAUGGAGGACACCAGCCUGCUCCUCCUGUCCCCGUCACCAUUGCAAUGGAUUUCACAGCACCCCAGCUCAUCUCUCAUCGCUGGGAGUAGCAGUAGGAAGUACUUUUAAAUAAAGCUCUAACUUCUUGAAGUUGCUUCGCAGAAAGCAUUCACAUGCCAAAGUGGAGCGUGGAGUGCAGUGUUCAGGUUUAGAACUAAUCAAGGACAUUGGAUUUAUAAAAACACCAAAAUGCGCUCAGUCACCACACCGUUUGGCGUGACCGACACUUCAGCUCCGAAGCAGAGUGCACACUCCCGCCCCGAGAGCGGUCCACGUCAGCGGGGGCACUCCCUGUCCUAGAAGGUCCCCCUGCUCUGCAGGCUAGGCCUGAGUGAGCCCUGCACCCCGCGCCCCUAGAGGACACAGGGCCUCUGCAGUGGUUAGGGAAACAGGCCAGUGUGGGGCAAAGUCAGCUCCCCCACCCCCACUGUACGGAUUCCUUACAGAAAACCCUCUGUGUGCACCCCUUUGGCAUAUACCCCUUUGGUGGAUGGUCUAUCAUUAGACAGUGUAACUAAAAUGACAGAAAAGCAGACAUUUCCUCCCCCCUAGAAGAGAACAAAAAUAGAUAAUUCAAAUGCUCUUUGGUAAGCCUUGGACUAGAGGCUCACAGCAUGCUUCAAACCCACCAGCCACUCCAAGGGAGAAAGAUGAGGCUGUCUGCACCCAUAAAGAUUUACAACCUUA